AGUCAGGGCAGACGGGCACUGUGGAGCUAAAUAUUCAUCCCCACUUAACAUGUCAAUCAGGAUUAAUGCCCUUACAAACCUCUCCUUUAGCUUCAUGCAGGUCCUUGCACUGCUGGCAGAAGCAGAGCGCUGAUAUAUAAGGAGGCAGAGCGGGACAGCUCAGCAACACAACAACUCCAAAGCUGAGCGAGCUUUCAGUAGCGCACAGCGGAGCGUCGCCUGGACUUGUGUUUCACGUCUGUGCGUCCUGACAGGCGUAAUGACUGAUCACUCACACAUUUGAGAGCGUGAUCCAUACCGACUAACAUGUCAGAGCAUUUUAAACUCUCACUCUUCCGCUCUUUGUAAUAUUUCCUCUUUACGCGGAUGGAUUUCUCAUGCAGCACUUUUCCACCCUGCAUGUGAUUUUUAGUCCUGAACUCACAGGAGCUUUUAACUCUCUGUUUGGAGCCUUUCAGUGAACUCGCUGCAGCGUAAACAGUCUAUCUGCCGUGAGCGCGUGAGCACUUCCCGAGAUGGAGUUGAAGAGCGCGUGUCGUAUGUUUCUCUUCCCCGUGCAAAUGCUCUUUUAUAUCGUCAGAGCGAGUUUGUCUGCGCUGCUGCCCGGCAAGAGGAAAGAUCUGACCAGGGAGGUGGUGUUGAUCACCGGAGGGGGACGAGGCAUCGGGCGUCACCUGGCCAAAGAGUUCGCCAGGCAGGGGGCCAGAAAGGUAAUCUUGUGGGGCCGAACAGAGAAGUGCCUGAAAGAAACAGCAGAAGAGAUCGCUCUGUCAGGAACAGAGUGCCAUUACUUCCUGUGUGAUGUGGCAAAUCGGGAGGAAGUUUACAAGCAAGCCAAGGUGGUUAGAGAAAAGGUUGGAGAUGUGACCAUAUUAGUGAACAACGCAGCUGUAGUCCACGGUAAAAGUUUGAUGGACAGCGAUGACGACGCCCUCCUGAAAUCCCAACACAUCAACACCAUGGGACAGUUCUGGACAACAAAAGCCUUCCUUCCUCGGAUGCUGGAGCUGCAGCAUGGCCAUGUAGUGUGCAUAAACUCCAUCCUGUCCCAGUCGCCCAUCCCUGGGGCCAUAGACUACUGCACCUCCAAGGCCUCUUCGCUGGCCUUCAUGGAGAGUCUGACGCUGGGGCUGCUGGACUGUCCCGGUGUCAGCUGCACCACUGUGCUGCCAUUCCACACCAACACAGAGAUGUUCCAGGGCAUGAGAGUCAGGUUUCCUCAGCUCUUUCCACCUCUCAAACCGGAGGUAGUCGCCCAGCGGACUGUGGAUGCGGUCCGGGCUGACAAAGCCUUCCUCUACCUGCCCUGGACUAUGCAUGCUCUUGUUAUUUUAAAAAGCUUCAUGCCUCAAGUUGCACUUGAAGAAAUCCACAAGUUUUCUGGAAGUUAUACCUGCAUGAACACAUUCAAAGGGAGGACAUGAGCCUGGACUGAGUAAAUGAGAGCAAUCUGAGCAGCUCUCGGGUUUAAUGAAGGGAAUAUGGACCUGAAGACAUGUGGAAGUGGAGGAGGCCCCAUUACAGGGCGAAGACAAACACUUAGGGGACAUGCAAGGUGGUAGCGUCUGCAGGUAGAAUUAAUCGAUAAACUGCAGGACACACCCUGGUCCUAUUUGUAUGCAUGUGUGCAGGCGUAUGUGUAUAGUAUGAAGGACUGAAUGCCAUUCUUACUUCGAACAGAAGCCAUGCAUAGUUCUGAACCAGUAGUUAUUCUGGGAGUUUUUGUGACACUUGUUUUAGUCUGUUUUUACACUUCUUUUUUUUUAUCCUCCUUUUAACUUGUUUUUGAAUCAAAGCAGAUAAUAAAAUGGGAGUUUUAGAGA